AAUGAACGUAGCACAUGUCGGUGACGUCACGUUUGGCUUACGUGGAAUCAGGAAGUGCCUCAUGUCUUCUGGUUUAGGUUUCCUCCUUCGGUUGAGGUUGUUUUGAAUUGGCAGUAAUGCGCUAAAAUUMGUCUGCCGGUCGUCAACAAAACAGCAGCCACGUUGUUCUGAAGCUGCCAUGGCCGAGGACCCCGCGCUGUCUGUCCGGGUCUCUGAGAUCAAAAACCCAACGGCUCUUUUCGAGCGGUACAACACCGAGGAGAUCCGCCACAUCGAACGCAGAGUCCGCGGGGAGAUCGAGCAGAAGAAGGAGGAGCUGAGGCAGAUGGUGGGGGAGCGCUAUCGGGACCUGAUCGACGCCGCCGACACCAUCGGGGAGAUGCGGCAGUGUUCGGAGAGYGUGGUCCGGUCCAUCCAGGACAUGCAGCGGUACUGCCACACGCUGAAGCAGGCUAAAGCCGGCGCGGGCGGCGCCAGGCAGGAGAACAAGCAGCAGUGGCAGGAGAGGUUCUACACCAUGGCGUCUCAGAUCAAGCUCCUGCUGGAGAUCCCAGAGCGGAUCUGGAGCGCGAUGGAGACCUCUCAGUACCUCCAGGCCACCCAGCUCUACCUGCUGUGCUGCCACCUGCACGGKCACCUGCAGCUGGAUGCUGCCACGGGGGGACACUACAGCCCCAUCCUGGCCCGCUUCCCCAUCCUGGUGCGACAGGUGGCCACCACCGGACACUUCAGGUCGACCAUUCUGCUGGACAGCAGGUCUCUGCUCAGGGGGCGAGCAGUGUCAGACCAAGCCAUUGCGGAAGCCUUGGUGUCCACCAUGCUCCUGGAGGACAGCUCACCGCGGCAGGCCCUGGCUGACUUCCUGUUGGCUCGGAAAGCCUCCAUCCAUCAACUCCUGAACCAGCCGCAGCAUGGUGCAGGGAUCAAGGCCCAGGUGUGCAGUCUGGUAGAGCUGCUGGUCACCACGCUGUUCCAAGCCUAUGCUGUUUUCUACCUGCCCCCAGAGGGUGGUCCUCGGCCUGGAGACGGAGCUCUUAGCUGUGGGAUGCUCUUCUCCAUCCUGGAGAACGUGACCUCCAGUGCCCCCGCAGGUAAAAGCAGGAAGGUGCUGCAGGAGGAGACGAGUACAGGCAGCUGGUUUAGGUACCUGCCUCCAUCCAUCACAGAGUUCCAGCCCACUCUGCGCACCCUGGCACAGCCCAUCCAACGAGAGCAGCUCAGGGACACUUUGCAGCAGUGGAUCAACACUUGCAAAGAGGAUGUCUGUCAUGGUGUUGGCAGCCUUCUGGUCUACGUCAAAAGCCUGAAGGGGUUAGCAGCCAUUAGAGAUGCUGUGUGGGACCUUCUGUCCACUGACUCCAUCAGUCAGCACUGGAGCAACGUGUGCCAGCAGCUUCUGGGGCGCCCCCUGGCUGUUUGGGAUGACUUYCUGCAGCAGCUCUUCCUUCAGCGCCUUCAGGCCAUAAMCAAAGAAGAAACCGAAGCCAUUGCUGCGAGUUCUGUCCAGCUCUUGACCUCGGCUGUWAAAGAUCUGGAGGGUCAGAAUGUUGGGUCGCCCUCUGGCGCCAACCCCAGCUCCAGCUGCGAGGCUCUCUAUGAGGCAGACGUGGCCUCGUUCUUAUGGUCCGAGACGCCGGGRGACCUGUUGAGCGAUGCAGCUUGGGUCAGUGUGGCCCAGCGGGGUCCUCARCAGCAAAGGAGUGGCCUGGCGAUGAAGACGCAGGCACUUACACCCUGUGUUCAGAGCUUCUGCUCCUCCUUAGAUGCAAAGCUGAAAACCAGACUUGAUGACCUCCAGCACUACCUUCCCUCCCAAGACACAGGAUCUGAUUCCACCCCAGUCACGGUGUCAACCUCUGCGUCUUCAUCAUCUUCAUCCUCAUUUAAUCGGUUCAUGGACUCUCCGGCGGUGGAGGAGGCUUUGCGUGAGGGCUGUGUGGCCUGUGUUCGCCACAUCCUGUCCUCGAUCCGCUCUCAGCUGGACGCCGUGCCCGCCCACCUCAGCUCGGUGCUGUUUAUGGCCAGGUUGUGUCAGUCCAUGGGUGAACUCUGCCCCAGCCUGAAGCAUUGCAUCCUGGGAAGACAGAGCAGGGUUGAAGCGAUCGCAAAGGCGACGCCACGGCARGGCAAGAAGCUGGGCAAAUCCAGGGUCGCUGCAGAGGUCAGCCCUGCACAGGCGCAGUGGACAGGUCUGAAGGAGGAGCUUCUCAGCUGCAGCAUGGAGGCGUACCGCAUCUGGAGCUCCGCCCUGACCAAAGGGCUAAUGGGAAAGUUCGGGGCAGCGCUGCACGCUGAGUCUGCUGGUGCAAUUCUGACAACCGCAACAAACUGGGAGGAUCUGGAGAUCCAAGAAGAAGCCGAAUCUGGGAGCAGCGUUAAGUCUAAUAUCCGUCUCCCGGUGCAGCCGUCCUGGUUCGUGCAGUCUCUGCUCUUCCAGCUCUGCGUGGAGACRAACAGGGUGGGGGGCCAUGCUCUGCCACGGCCCACCCUGCAGGAGCUGCUGCAGGCCUGUCUCACUCAAGCUCUGGACCACUACCACAGUUUCACACAACGGGACCAGACCAAGGAAGGGGUCUUCCCACUGACUCAGAACAGAGCCCUGCAGUUGUUGUUUGACCUUCGUUACCUCAGCACCACGCUAAGCAGCAGACUGGAGCAGGGCAAGAGCUCCCACUGCCAUCAAGACUCCAGGUUCCAGGAGAUCUGUGAUUGGUUGGAAAGAUUCAUCGACCCCUUUGAUCUAGACGUGUUCACGCCCCCACUGAACGCUAACCUCAGCCGCCUGUCACAGAGGACCUCGGUGCUGCUGGGCCUGCUCACCGAGCCAGAGAAGCAGUUUACUUCACGGAGCAGCAACGUGAACUCCCAGGAACCUUACAACAUCCUCCCAUUGGCCAGCAGCCAGAUCAGGUUCGGGUUGUUGCCUCUCAGCAUGUCAAACACACGGAAAUCAAAGUCAUCGUUGGUUGGAGUGGAUCCACCUCAGACCAUGCCUCUUCAGUCUGCAUCAGCAGGAAGUGAGGACAGCUUCCGUCCAGGCAGCCUCUUCAGACAGCUCGCUGAUCAGGACGAAGACUCUCAGUCAUCAUCUCUUUUUAAACUUAGCUGGCUGUCUGGCAUCGCCAAAUAACACUUUGUUGCUUUUUAUUGCCUUUGCAGAGACUUUAUAUAAAAACACCACAUACAAUAAACAGCCUUUCCAGAAAUGCA